ACUUCGAUUUACAAAAGGAAUUUGAUAAGGUAACACGAGAGACUUGUUAGCAAAAUGUAGUAGGAAUUAAAGAUGGUAUUUCAGAGUGGAUUCAGAACUGGCUAGAAUGUAGAACACAAAGAGUAGUAGUAGGAGGGAUAUUAUCAGAGCAGGGAGCUAUGGGAAGUGGAGUCCCACACGGAUCAGUGCUGGGACCACUGCUCUUCCUCAUUUAUAUGAGUGACCUUGACAGGGACAUAGAAAGUACAUUAGUCAAAUUUUCAGCUAAUAGUUUGGAAUCUGCUAAAGUCACCCAAGAAGAUUUAAAAAAAAUCCAGAAGUGGGUGGAAACCUGGCAAAUGAAAUUCAGUAUAGCCAAAUGUAAAGGUCUGCAUGUGGGAAAUAAAAACAUGAGGAAGGAUUACUUUAUGGGAGGAACCAAAUUGGAAGGUCCUCGAUUUGAAAAAGAGUAAUGGUUGAUGAAAGCUUUUCAGGUUCUAGGCACUGUGCUGUUGUGCUAAAAAAAAAGGCCAACAGGUUGCUGGGAUAUGUAGCCAUAAUUAUUGAGUAUAAAUACAAGGAAGUUAUACUUACCUUAUACCAUACAUUUGUUAGACCACACUUGGAGUAUUGUGUGCAGUUCUGGGGACUGUACUACAAUAAAGAUAUAGAGGCUCUGGAAAAGAUUCAAAGAAGAGCGACUAAAUCGACUCCUGGUAUGAAAAAUAAAAGCUAUGAGGAGAGACUAAGGAUGCUUAAUCUCUUCUUCAUGCUUAGCAAAAGGAGAUUUAGGGGUGAUUUGACUGAGGUUUUUAAAUUCAUGAAGUUGAUCAACAAAGUGAACUACAAUAGAUUAUUUAGGUUUAGUUCUGUUAGUAGAAUAAGGGGACAUAAAUGGAAAUUAGCUAAAUGAAAAUUCCAUCCAGACAUUAGAAAUGUUUUUGUUCACUCAGAGUAGUCGAUGUGGGGAAUAGCCUGCCAGGUCACGUAGUAGAGGCAGAAGCUCUGGGGAUUUUCAAGACCUGUCUUGAUACGGUAUUAGAUACUAGGGCUGGUUCACUUCGAAUGUUUUCUCCUCCCGAAUUUUCCCAGUAUUAUUCGGAUUCGGGUCUUUUUCCCUAUCUCUUUGAUGCGAUUUGCUCAGAACUCAGCACCAAGUUUCUCGAUUAAACAAACACACACCUGCAUUGUGACAGCGAGUGAGAGUUUCCCUUAACACUAGAUAGGCCAGAGCGACUGCAUUGCGCUCUGGGGACUUUAUAAUUGAAAUUACCCCAAAUAAAUACAAAAUCCUCCUUUUUCCAUGACUUUCCUAAAUAUUUGGCCUUAAACUAACUGCGUUUUUUAAAUUUCAAAAAAAUUACUCAGUCAAGAAAUACGAGCAGUUCGAGCCAUUUUCGUCACAACACAACCCCCCCGAAAAAACAAAACAGGUUAUUUUACUCAGGUGCGAACGUCUACACCAGCACACUGUUCAGCAACUGAAUAACCAGCACUUCGACUCGAGUUUCCCAAUAAAGCGCUAUCGAAACUUAAUUCGCACAUAUAAUCACACGAAAUUCAUCCACUGCAAUCGUUUUUAAGGUAGGCGCUGUAGUGGUGGAAAUGAUAGGCUUUUAGUACUCCGCGUAGAUUGCGCCACUGACAUAUUUUCAGGUUUUCUCUGAAACUGAGGCUUUGAAUAAGAAAAAAAGUCUCUCCAAAGAGAAAGGGAGAAAUGUUCUGGUGAAGUUGUUGCAAGUGCCAGAACAGUUCUUUUAUCAGGCAGGACAAAAUGAAAAAUAAUUAAUCAUUAAGUUUUUUAUGUAGCUCUGUGGUUAGUUUGCAUCAUGGAGGUAUAUAGGAACUGGAGACAUAGGAUGACCAGGCGGUGAAGCACCGUAGUGCGUAUAUGUUUAUGCUCCCAUCCUCCCCAGUUCAUGUAUAUGCUUCAUGGUUCACACUGACAGUGGCUAUGUCUCGCUUUAUUUAUUUAUAUUUAUUUAUUUAUUGCUGUUGUUGUUGGCAUCUUCUUCUAGCUUAUCUAAUAGAAUAUAAUAUUUAUUUUGAUGUCCUAUUGGUUAUAAAUAACCCCCACCCCCCAAUAAUAUUGCAAGAUGAAGAGAAAAAUAGUGUGCUCAGUCUACCCACCCUGUAUAAAUAAAGGUUAAUAAUAAACUGAAAAUGAGGGUAGAUAUUAUUUCAUCUUGUAGGCUAUAUACAAGCUGCUUAGUAAUUGUUUGAGGUGCGUUUUCUUUAUUUUGACUACAAGACCCCAAAUGCCCCCAAACCAGAGACUGUAAAGUGAGCAGCUUCAUACAACUAUAUUAAAUAUAUAAAAUAUCCUUACCUGAACACGACUGGUUUUGGCCCACUGGACACAUACACUAAACACGAAAUUAUAUUUUUAGAAACACAGAAAGUGAACGAUCACUUCUAACAAUUGAUAAUUUAGUUUGCAGCUAGUUAGAAUUUAGCACCUGUCGAAACACCUGUAAUUGCCCUUUAAGUGGUUGAAUUUGUUUAUUUAUUUAUUUAAGUGUGUGCAUGGGUUUAACUAUUGGGCUAUAUGUAGAACACAUGACUCAAUUUAAUCCAUAAUAAAAAAAAAAUUUUUAAAGAAAAAAAAAAGAUUAUUAUAUUGAGGAUCAUGCUACGAUACCUUUUUCAGAGGACUUAGGUUGCAAGUUGCAAAAAAAAAAAAAAAAUCCAUGAGCGUUGUUUGCUAAUACCAGAGAAUACGUUUUUGUGGGAAUAUAAAUUUGGCAUUUUAAAUUUGCACCGCAGGGACUUGACCAUUUCCUUCAUUUGGCACUUAUUUGAGAAUACAUUUGACGAAAAAAAAAAAAAAGGUGCGGCUACCCUGACAGUCAGUAUGUUUGCUUGUAGACUUUUUGUUUUGAACCAUCGCCCUGUUGUGACCGGACUUUGGCUAUGGAAAGAAUGCUGGCUUCGUUAGUUCACUACAGUAUAGGCCUACAACGUGACCGUGGCUCAUGUGUAAAUAGAAACACGCCCACGUCCUUAUUUGGCAGCGAAAUUCUCAUGUAUAUGAAAGUUCUCCAAAGACUACUCGAAUGUCUUGUGUUAUUGACACACGUCUCGAGUCACCAGGUUCAGGGGUACCAGUGUCGAUCCUGGACCUGUCUCUUCAUCAAUUCCGUAUUUCAUAAGGGAAGAGAGAAAAAAAUCCUCGUGCUAGCAACGUGAGAGACUUACGCAAAUUUGACAAACCCUACUGUACAGUCACGAGUCACGUGUUCGUGGUACUUGUACGUGCAGCGGAGUUGUUGUUGCCUUGGAACUGUAAUUUCGUCACACUUGGUCUUAUUAUUUCAGGUUCGAUGUGGGUAAAUAUCCCUGCUAGCGGUGUUGCGGACACAAGAUAACCCGCGCAGAAUGUCUUACUUCCCAAUGUCUCUGCGUGGAUGCCACUCAUGGGAACACUGGGAAUGGGACGCCAGCAGCAAGUCUCCAGCUGCCCAGCUGUCACCAUGCCGACAGGCAGUCUACUUCCACACCAACAUGCUUCUGGAGAGCGAGGGCACUGCGGGGGUCCGGGGUACCAAAGGUUUCACCCACGGAGAGCACUACUGGGAAAUUGAGUUUUCAGAGCCUCCCUAUGGAACCUCAGUGAUGGUGGGUUUAGGGACAAAGAAGGCGUUACUGCACACUGGGGGCUACCAGUUCAUCAACCUGCUCGGGAUGGACGAGGAGAGCUGGGGCCUGUCGUACAAGGGCGUCCUCUGGCACGGCGGGCGGAGCAGGAAGUACACCGAGCCCUUCUACGACAAGAUGACCGUCAUCGGCGUGCUCCUCAACCUGGACGCAGGCACGCUGGGGUUCUAUCAAAACGGCCUCAGCCUGGGACCAGCUUUCUCUGGACUGCAUGAGGUGGGAGCUCCUCUGUUUCCAUUGGUCAGCUCCACGGCCCCGGAGACCGAGGUUCAGCUGGGAGUGCGCACCACCCGCCUGGUCUCGCUGCAGGAGCGGUGCCUUAACGCCAUCGCACAGAGCCUGGGGUCCCGCACCCCCCUGGGGUCCCGCGGCCCCCAGGACUCCCUCCCCCUGCCCCCCAGCCUGCGGGACCGGCUCGGGACUCGUCUGCUGCCCCCCCUCCUUUGAGGCGCUGAGAAGGUGUCUCCGUCCCCUCUGGUGUCACGUGACCCUCAGAGACACGCGCGCGGGUGGCUGUUGGUCAGAUUGGGUUGCUGGCAUUAACGGUCUGUGUGGACGUUUAGGGCCGUAGCCACAGAUGGGCCACGCUAUUCAGGUUUUAAACGUUUUUUUUUGGAAAGACAUUUCAUUUCUGCAGUAUUCAGAGGUCUUGAAGAGCUAUUGCUCUGGUGCUACUUCUCCAGUCCGCGAUUGUAGACUAACGCCCCCCCCCCCCCCCGGUCCGCGAUUGCUUCUGUUAUCCCUCCACUCCUCCCCGUGAUCGGUUGCCCUCGGUGACUUCUUCUUUACCGCCACCAAAAUGAUUGUUGAGAACGAGAUCCAAAAUCGCACCUUUACCUGUCUGGGGAACAUUUACGGCAGAGAUCGAUACCACCAAAAAAACAUAUGAUCAGGGAAUCGGGUCCAAAGAAGAGCACAACUGCUUAUGCACCCUUGGCUGAGAUAGAGUAGAAGGAUUAUUGAUCAUUGUCGCAACAUGUAUUCUGUUGUCUUUGAAUAUAUUUUAUAUCCUGUCAGUGUGUCACUAUUCAACCUCUUUUAUAGUUGUACAUACCUGGGGCCAUGUGGGUCCAAUCUUAGGGAAGGAUCUCUGCCAUGACCUUUCUCUUUUAUUUGAAGCGUUGCAGAGUAAACUUCUACCAGACAACCAACACAACCUCUACAAAGUCCUUUACAAAGGCGUUUUUAAUGUGAUUCCGUAUAGUAUAUUUUUACUGUAAAACUCAUGCUGUUGUUAAUUAAUUUUUUUUUAAAUGGAUUAAAGGGAAGAUAUUAGUCUAAACUAAUUCUUCAUGCAUAUUAUCCACAUGCAAAUUUUAUUUAUAUAUGCAGUGUUGUCUGUAAGUGUUUGGGCAGUGACACAAUGUUGUCGUUUUGGCUCUGUACUCCGGCACAGUGAAUGAAACAAUGAAUAUAAGGUCAAAGUGCAGACUGUCAGCUCUAAUUUGUGGGUAUUUACCUCCUUAUUGGGUAUAUCCUUAUUACAGCCUUUUUUAUGCAUAGUCCCUCCAUUUUAGGGGACCAUAAGUAAUUGGACAAAUUAACAUCAUUUUAAAUAGUUGUUGUAUUUAUUAGUACUUGCAUUUGAUGACUGUUUGGAAGUCAUCAUAGAUAUCACCAGAUGCUGGGUAUCUUCCCUGGUGAUGUUCUGCCAGGCCUAUGCUGUAGCCAUCUUUAGUUCCUGUUUCUUUCUGGGGAUUUUUGCCUUCUGUCUCAUAUUCAGCAAUUGAAUCAGACAAAGUGGUGGAAAAACUGUGAGCCAUAGAGCCUUAUUUAUGAAAUGAUUGUUGAUUGAAGUUUGUGCUUCAGAGAAUAUAAGAAUAAAACUUGAGUAAAGCAUG